AUGGCGGGCUCAAAUGGAAGUAAAGAGCUAGCUAUCAAUGAGCCCAUGUCGGGAGACCAUGGCUUCUUUACACCCGUCCAGUCGCCUCCGGCAGGGUCUCUAUUAUCCAUGUAUGAUAAGAGUCUACCGGUUCCCCGAAUCUUCGAAUCGAUCACCAUCCGCUCGACCACAUUUCAGAACCGGAUCUGGGUCUCUCCUAUGUGCCAGUACUCCUGCCCCAAGACGGGGGAGUUGACUGACUGGCAUUUGGUCCAACUAGGUUCCUACGCAUCCCGAGGAGCAUCACUCACAAUUUGCGAGGCCACGGCCGUCUCAGCUGAAGGUCGAAACACAAUGGAAGAUGCAGGGCUGUGGACAGCCAGCCAGGUACCGUCAUUCCGGCGCGUAGUCAACUUCAUUCACUCCCAGGGACAAAAGGCUGGUGUUCAAUUGCAGCACUGCGGCCGAAAGGCUAGUGUGACUGCUCCGUGGCUUGGCCACCGGCCAGCAAAGAAAGAAGAAAAUGGAUUUCCAGACGACCUGAUUUCUCCGUCCAAUCUCCCCUAUAAAGAUGAUGGAAUUUGGCCGAUACCUACCGCCAUGACCAAGGAAAUGAUUCGGAAGUCGAUUGGCGAUUUUGUUAAUGCUGCAAAGCUUGCCGUAGAAGCUGGCUUUGAUGUGAUCGAGAUACAUGGUGCCCAUGGCUAUCUCAUUCAUCAGUUCUGUUCGCCUCUCACCAACAAGCGCGCCGAUGAGUACGGUGGCAGCUUCGAAAAUCGUGUGCGAUUCGCAUUGGAGGUUGUACAGGGCAUUCGUGCCGCUAUUCCAUACACAACUUUGCUCUUUUAUCGUAUCAGUGCCACAGACUGGAUCCCCGAUCGAGAGUCCUGGACCUCUGAACAAUCCGUGCGACUAUGCCAAUUGCUACAGCCCCUUGGGGUCGAUCUGAUAGACGUGAGCUCGGGCGGGCUAGUGCCGGAUCAACAGUUACCUCCACUUCGUCCAGGCUAUCAGGCACAUCUGUCUCAAGAAAUCAAGGACAGAGUUCAGGGGCUCCUUACUGCAAGCGUGGGUAUGAUCCGGGAUGGCAAGACAGCUGAGGAUGUCGUGGCCUCUGGGAAAGCAGAUGUCGUCAUCAUCGCCCGCGAAUUUGCGCGUAAUCCGAGUCUGGUGUUGGAUAUUGCCUAUGAAUUGGGUGUCAGAGUGAAAUGGCCGACACAACUUCAUAGGAGUCAGCCGAGGUACAAUGAUCCAGAUAUUUGA